GCAUGUCGAUAUGUUAUUGAUGAUCCUGCUAGUGGGGGUUAAACGCUAGCACAUGUCGGCACAUGUCGAUAUGUUAUUGAUGAUCCUGCUAGUGGGGGUUAAACGCUAGCACAUGUCGGCACAUGUCGAUAUGUUAUUGAUAGAACUGGUUCGUUUCUGUAACCUUGCUAGUGGGGGUUAAACACUAGUAAAUUUCGAUGCCUGCCAUUGGGCGAAUACAUUGGCAAAUUUCUGUCGCCUGCCAGUGGGUUGUUAUAACACUGGCCAUGACUUAUAAAUGAGACUACUGAACUGAGUUUUCUUCUGCAUUGACGGUUUGUCAGGAAACGUUUUGCUAUUGAACCGAAUUUGAUUUCUGCAUUAACGGUUUAUCAGUGAAAGUUCUGUUAUACUUACAUGGUUUAUCUGGCAUGCUUAAAAGUUUUACCCAAGGGCUAUCUAUAUUUACUUACUGAGUUAUCUCAUAGUUUUCCUUGUCCACCAUUUCAGGAAGCGAUACCAAGGACGAGGAAACCGAGGGGAGUGACGAGUUAGAAGGCUAGCCAUCGUGUAAAUUGAAUAUGGAUUUUAGAUAUAAAUGAUCUUGUAAGCGGGAUUUUAAUUGGAGAUUGUAAAUUCAUUUAGUGGAUUGUUAGUUUAUAAGAGAUUUGAUCUGGAGAUUUUGAGGUUAAGUCAUGUGGACAUAGAAAAGAAAUUUUGAAAUAUCCG